AUGGAGCUCGAUCCGCUGAAAUUCGACGGCGAUAGGAUCGGGACGAGAUCGAGACGGGGGACAAACCCGGCACAGUUUUCAGUCUUUGGGCUGUCCUGUCGUCUUACCAAAUGGAUUGCGGUUUUCACGUCGAAAGCCCGUUCAAUUGAAGGGGCGGCAGCUUCUGGGUUCGCAAGCGGAUCGGGUCUGUAUGGCAUUCUCAAAGGCGCUUGCACAAGCUUCAUCGCUGUAUCUCAGGAACUCGACCGGGCCCCGCUACGGUACCUGGGCCAUGGCUUCCUUCGACGUCGCCUCGGUCAGCCGGCGGGCGUUGGAGGUCCGGUGGCUGAAGCUGCCCAACACGAUGCAUCGCGGCCGUCUGGAUCCGGUGUCGAGUGCGUGAGGCCCAACUACUCGGGGAAUGAGGAGGCAGCAACUGGCACAGGCGGUCCCCAACACGGCGGCGGGCGGUAUCGCCAGAUGCCGGCGUGGCGGUCCCGUGGUGUUGUCGACGUCUGGGAGACGCCGACUCUUCGUGCUAUGUGUGCUCCUUCACCCCUCCACGUGCCCCCUCAAUUCACCCGCCUGGCCGUCCCGACUCCCCGGCCAUCGUCAACUCCACCUGCCAUCGCAGCCCACGCGGUCCAGACCUCCAACCUCAAUAUCGCUGCACCCGCUGCUGCCUCGACGCGGGCACCGGUCCCAUAA